GCUUACCUGUUUCCUGGAGGCACAUUUUUCAACGUCGCAUCACAAGGCCGGUAGCUGCCUGAUCGGUAGUGCAAAAACUGCUUUUCGUUUCCUGCGGGUGGUCAUGGUUUAGAGGCAUUAUUGCGAAUCGGAUCGGAUUCGACAUUGUGUCCCUAGCUGCUGCCCUGAAGCUUCUCGUCGCCUUGAGCGUGGUCUCGGUUUGCCGUUUACCCUAAUUGCCGUUCGGUUCAUUCAAGAAUCCUCCUCAUCUUUCCCGCCAUUGCGGUAUCCCGCGUCGCCGUUGAUUGACGGCACGUGGUUUAUGAAAGUGCCGUCCUUCGGAUCGCUUCGCAGCUCCGUGAAAUCCGCACCAAUGCUACUUAAUCUCUCCUCUCGCUCUUCGUCCUUCUGCGCCGGCGGCGCCGCGGUUGUGCCGGCGAAGGACGGCGUUAAUCGACGGAUCGCGGCAGCGCCGCAUACCGCUGGUCCCUGCGUGACGUCAUCACAUAGCCCUGAUGCCUCCCGAUUUUCCAACGCGGCUUCUCCCACGCGCUCGAUUUCGCGCUCCGCUGUGACAUCCGCCGCGGCCGCCGCCCGAGGCGCCGCAUUUCCCGCUCUUAGAAUCAGCAGCAGCAGCCAGCGGAGCCGCGCCUGGCAGAACGUCCUUAAAAGGCUCCCCACUUUAGAGACGUCGCAAAAAUCUUUCCAAGCGCUCCUAGUAGCAGCAGCGGCCGCGGAGGGCGAAACCGCCCCCGCCAACGAGGCGGCUUUAAUCGACGGGAAGGCGAUCGCGGAGGAGAUCAAGCGCGAAAUCGCGGCGGAGGUAAAGCGGCUCCAGGCGCUGCCCGGCGCGCACCUGACGCCGGGUUUGGCGGUGGUUUUAGUGGGCGAUCGGAAGGACUCGCAGUCGUACGUGCGUAUGAAAAAGGCGGCGUGCGCUGAAACGGGCAUAACGAGCUUCGGCGUGGACCUGCCGGCGGAUGUGAGCGAGGAGGAGGUGGUUGCGGCGGUGAAGGAAUUGAACGACAACCCGGACGUGCACGGCGUGCUGGUGCAGCUGCCCUUGCCUAAGCACAUCAACGCGGAGAGGGUUUUAAGUGCAGUCAGCAUUGACAAGGACGUGGACGGAUUCCACCCGAUCAACAUCGGACAGCUGGCGAUGGCCGGGAGGAAGCCGCUGUUUGUGCCGUGCACGCCCAAGGGGUGCAUCGAGCUGCUUAUCAGGAGCAAGGUCCCAAUGGAGGGGAAACGGGCAGUCGUGAUUGGUCGGAGCAACAUAGUGGGCACCCCUGCUGCCAUGCUGCUACAGAGGAACAACGCUACAGUCACAGUCGUGCAUUCGCGCACCAAGGACCCUCCUUCAAUCACGCGGGAAGCCGACAUUGUCAUUGCAGCAGCAGGCGUGCCGAACCUGGUUCGAGCCAAUUGGCUGAAGCCCGGAUGUGUGGUGAUCGACGUGGGGAUCAACCCAGUAGACGAUCCCUCAUCCAAGCGCGGUUACCGCCUAGUGGGAGACGUGUGUUUUGAGGAGGCAAAGCAUAUUGCGUCUGCCAUUACCCCCGUGCCGGGUGGUGUCGGCCCUAUGACCAUAGCUAUGCUACUUAGUAACACCUUGGAGGCUGCAAAGCGAAGCAAAGGAGUACAGUUGGAAUGAACUGUUGUACACAACUGAUGGUUGGCAGAUUUUGCAAGUACUUCUAACUCCUGCAUGAUUACCACGAAGGAACAUCCGACAAUAUAGUGGGGUGUGAUAUUGUGAAGAAUACAGGCGUUUUAUAUUGGUGGAGUUUUUGUAGAGUAUACAUGUGUGGUAUAUGUGUGGUGGAAGCAGGGGAGGGUUGUUGUUGGAGACCAACGAUA